AUGCUGGAUCUUCUGGCUCGGGCUCAGCUCGUGGGUGCUGGCAAUCUGCCCAACAAUGACCAUUCCCUGACUGGUCCUCUCACGGGACCAGCUGUUGUCUCGGGUGAAAACUUCUUCGACAAACAGUUCAAUCCACGCAGCGAGAGCCCUGAGCCCAUCUCCUCACCCAAUCUGUCACCAUCGACCUCUCGGCGCCCGUUGCCUCUUCAAGAACAUGACGAGCCUUCGAAAACAAAGGCUUCCGUUUCCAAGACGAUCAUCGAAGGCCAGGAAUCCGAAUAUUCGAGCCGCAGCCCGACCAACGAAAGUGGUACCACCAAUAAGACUUCGCCGCCGCCGUCCCGUCGACCAAGUCUGAAACGAACACUGACAGACACGCUGUCCGUAUCGGUGCAUCAAAAGCUCAUCGACACCAUGGCGCAGCCCUUCGUUGCCGGCCCUCCAGGAUUCGAGGAGCAGAUGCUAUCUCCAACCGUUCCGCCGAAUUUCGCAGCCGGCACAAUGCCCAGUGCUCUCGGCCCUGUGCAUGGUCACACCACGCGGUGGACACCUGCGGCUCAGGCCAUUUUCACGACCGAAGCGAAACCCCCUUGGACAAUCAUUGCGGCCAACGAUCUUGCCUGUCUCGUCUUCGGUGUCACAAAGGCCGAGGUACGUAAAAUCGGCAUUCUUGAGGUUGUGCAAGAAGAGAGAAGGGCGUGGCUCGAGAGAAAGCUGCUUCAAUAUGAUUCAGAAGGAGCAGCCCAAAGCACUGAGGACCUGUCACCCCCCGCACCCCCAGCUUCCGUAUCUUCGUCGCUUCUCGGUGGCCGAGGCGGUGGCAUCACGGCGAAACUCCUCAGCAAGCCAAACUCCAGAACGAAUCCGCCCAAAGCGCCAAUCCCCCGUAAGGCGCAGACAGUACAUAGCGGUGACCCGAAUCCACCAACCAUGAGAGGAGGGUCGCGCCAUCGAAGCAGCCGCUCUCGAGGCGUGCUGCUAUGUGGCGACGUUGUGCCCAUCCAGAAGCGGAAUGGGUCCACGGGUUCGGCCAGCUUGUGGGUGAAGGAGAAGCGGAUCGGCCUUAUCUGGGUUCUUGAGGAAAUCCAUGAAGACGUCGCCAUGAUUUCUAUGGACGACGAUGGUGUUGUCGAAAAGGUAUCCGGGGAGACAGAUGCGAUAUGGGGGUUCGAGACGCUACGUCCAGGAUGCGACAUCGGGCAGCUUAUUCCGAGGAUACCACGACAAGGUAUUGACCCUCGCACGGGCGAGGUUGACUUUGCUCAAGUCUCCAAGCGGCGGUUUUUCACCUGCCCAAACGCAGAUAAGGUGAACAUUCCAUGCACAGUCGAACAAGUAAGAGGCAGGACAGAACUCCGCGUUUCCAGCCUCCCACAUAUGGCAGGCAUCAUCGUCGUCAAUCCCGAAAACUUGGAGAUCAAGAGCUCGAACUCAGCCUUCUCAGGGUCUCUGUUCGGUUAUGAGAAGCCAGAUGGGCUGUCCAUCAACACGCUCCUGCCCGGGUUCGAGAAGAUUCUACAACUUCUGACGGAGGAAGAUGGCGUCAUGUUGAUGGACGGUAUCGUUGUCCCGGAGCACAGUUUUCGGAAGGCCUCAGCGUUCCUCGCAGUUCGAGAAGGAAGGCCUGAUGCAGCGACAUCUUUCUUGCGGACCGAGGGUCUGCCUGCCAGGCACCGUGACGGUUCCGAACUCAAGAUUGAUGUCCAGAUGCGGGUUGUCCAGAGCGAGCGACAGCCGGCUGUUAUCACCGAGACUGUCGUGGAGGCGAGCGAAGACGAGGAUGACGACAGCCAUGGUGAGAGGGAAAACACCUUUGCGGUUCCGCACAGCGAGAUGGUGUAUGCUCUCUGGAUUACUUACUCCCGCCAUCUCCAUGCAACGAGGUCUCAGCUCGACGUCAAAACGCCCACCCGUUCAGGUACGACAACACCUCUUCACCAGCCCUCGCCAGGACAGACGGCGGUACAUACGCCCAUGGAGAUGAGCUCCGACUCGGACGACACCAAAAAGGAGAAGUCAGGAUCUGGAGCCGCAUCAGCUUUGACACGCCAGAUCAAGCACGUCAUGCAUGCGGCCGCCAAGGUCACAGGAGUGGCCAAAUCAAGCCCCAAGGAGGAGAGGCCGCCUGCCGUGCGCGCUGUGACACCUGUGCAUAAGAAAACUAUCGAGGACUUCCAAAUCCUCGAAGACAUGGGUCAAGGAGCCUACGGGCAGGUCAAGCUUGCGAAAUACAAAACGACACAGAAAAAGGUCGUUCUCAAGUACGUGACCAAGCGGCGAAUCCUAGUCGACACAUGGACUCGAGACCGCAAACUUGGCACGGUGCCCCUCGAGAUUCACGUCCUGGACUAUCUCCGACGGCCGGAACUGAGGCACCCCAACAUUGUAGACAUGGAGUCAUUCUUCGAAGACGACAUCAACUACUACAUCGAGAUGACGCCUCACGGUCUACCCGGAAUGGAUCUCUUCGACUACAUUGAAUUACGCAGCAACAUGGAUGAGGCCGAGUGCAGGAGCAUUUUCGUGCAGGUUGCUCAGGCCAUCCACCAUCUGCACACGAAGGCGCUCGUCGUUCACAGGGACAUUAAAGACGAGAAUGUGAUUUUGGAUGGCGAGGGCCGCAUCAAGUUGAUCGAUUUCGGCAGUGCGGCAUACAUCAAGAACGGCCCGUUCGAUGUGUUCGUGGGCACAAUUGAUUAUGCGGCGCCCGAAGUCCUCGCUGGCAAGUCUUAUGGUGGCAAGGAGCAGGACGUGUGGGCCUUGGGCAUCUUGCUCUACACCAUCGUCUACAAAGAGAAUCCAUUCUACAGCAUCGACGAGAUCAUGGACCGGGACCUCAGAGUACCGUUCACCAUCAGUGACGAAAGCAUCGAUCUGAUCCGUUGCAUGCUGAACCGCAACGUGUCUGAGCGCUACGACAUUACACGGGUAGUUGAACAUCCAUGGUGCCAGGCCCUCGAUGUGGAGUAA